AUGUUAAGAUUUCAUUUGGGCAGGAGCUUCAGAAUAACGCAAAGGCCGUUUGGCGGAGCUUUUUCCAAAAGGUUCAACUCUACAGCCCCACCACAAGCUUUCCAACAAUUACAUCCAUCACUGGUCAAAAGAGCUGAAGUUUUAACUCAAGAAUUGAAAGAUUUGGAGAGUUCAUUAGCUGAUAGUGGUCAUUUUGACGUAAAUCAACAAAAAAAAUACUCGAGACUAUCUGCUAUUGUGGAUGUGUUUAGAGAAUAUAAAGAAAACUUGACACUAUAUGAGGAACUUCUUCCUAUACUGAAGGAUGAAUCAUUAAAAGAAGAUGCUGAAGAAGAGAUCAAAGUGACAAUACCCAAACUUAUGGACCUUUCAGAUAAAUUGAAAUCAAGAUUAUUGCCUCCUCAUGAGUUUGCAGAAAAACCUUGUCUAUUGGAAUUGAGACCUGGUGUCGGAGGUACAGAAGCUAUGAUAUUCACAUUAGAAUUAUUCAACAUGUAUAUAAAUUAUGCAAAUCAUCAUAGAUGGCCAUAUACGAUUGUUGCCAAAACAAAUAAUGGGAGUGGUAAUGGUAUCUUGGAGGGGAUUAUCAGUAUAGAUGAGCCAGGUGCAUAUGAUAAACUGAGAUUUGAAUCAGGUGUUCAUAGAGUGCAAAGAAUCCCAGAAACAGAGACAAAAGGUCGUUUACAGACAUCUACAGCAGGUGUUGUUGUGCUACCUCAAAUGGCUGAAAAGAAUCAAUCUGAAGAUGCUGAUGAAAGAAUGUUUGCACCAGGUGAAGUUCGUAUUGAUAUUAUGAGGGCCAGUGGUAAAGGUGGUCAACACGUUAAUACCACGGAUUCAGCAGUUAGAUUAACACAUAUUCCAACAGGUAUCACCGUCUCUAUGCAAGAUGAAAGAUCACAGCACAAGAAUAAAACCAAGGCCUUCAAUAUUCUUAGAGCUAGAUUAGCAGAGAAGGAGAGACAGGAAAGAGAAGCUCAAGAAAGAUCAAUGCGUACAGAUCAAGUCUCUACUACUGACAGAUCAGACAAAAUCAGAACUUAUAAUUUCCCACAAAACAGAAUAACUGAUCAUAGAUGUUCUUAUUCGUUACAUGAUGUUGAAGCCGUGAUGAAAGGUGAGAAAUUGGAUCUGUUGAUCGAUGAACUGGAGAAACACGAGGGUCAAGUGAAGUCUAAAGAGUUGGAGAAUAGUACAUCUAGCUGA